AUGGCUUCAGGUUAUAGAAGUUUAGACGGUAUGCACAGACUUUUGACAAUGAUUUCAUUUUUCUUGCUUUUAGAAAAUUUUGCUGCUAGACUAGAUAUUGACGAGUUGAUUCUAAAAGUUUUGUCGGUUGGACAUCCCGAGAAAAGUUUGACGAAAACGGUGAAAGAGCAUGAACUGAUCCAAUUAUGCCAAAUGGCAAAGAAGAGUUUUUUGGAUCAGCCAGUGAUGCUUGAGGUUGAUGCACCAAUUAAAGUUUGCGGAGAUGUUCAUGGACAGUAUUCUGAUGUAAUUCGCAUGUUCAGUAUUGCCCGUUUCCCUCCACACUCAAACUACAUUUUCCUUGGUGAUUAUGUGGAUCGUGGUCGUCAAAACCUUGAGCUUAUCACACUUUUCCUGUGCUAUAAAAUCAAGUUCUACGAUAGAUUCUACAUGCUUCGCGGCAAUCAUGAGUGUCCAGCAGUGAACCGCGUCUAUGGAUUCUAUGAAGAAUGUAACAAAAGAUAUGCUAGCACUCGUCUUUGGUUGGCUUUCCAAGAAGCUUUUGCUGCGAUGCCAUUCACUGGGCUCAUUUCGGGAAGAAUUUUGUGUAUGCAUGGAGGUCUGUCGCCGAAGCUUACAAAUCUUGAUGUACUUCGUGAUUUGACUCGUCCAAUGGAUCCACCAAGUCCUUCUCUUCAUAUUGAUUUGCUAUGGAGUGAUCCAGAUAACUCGGUGAUAGAUUGGCUUCCAAAUGUUCGUGGAGUCUCCUACAUAUUUGGGCCAAAUGUUGUGAAGAAACAAAUCGAGACGUUGGGAAUUGAUUUGAUCGCUCGUGCUCAUCAAGUGGUUCAAGAUGGUUAUGAGUUCUUUGCGGAGAAGAAGCUUGUCACAAUCUUCUCCGCUCCUCACUACUGUGGACAAUUUGAUAACUCGGCUGCUAUCAUGAACGUUGAUGAUAAUCUUAUUUGCUCAUUCCAUGUGCUUCGUCCUUCAAAUCGGAAAGCCAAACAACCAGCUAAUUGAACUUUUUUGGCAGUUGCCUGAUAAAGAUGUUUAAGAACUGUUUAA